UAACCAGGUCUGCAAUUCGACUGCUGCUUAAACUGACUAGAUUGUUGGAGAAUGUCUGCGUGCACGUCUGUUGCCGACGCCGGACCUGAUGUUCGUCAUCUUCUUUGGAGAGAUUGAAGUGCGAGGUAGUACAGCCGUGCAAAUACCAUAGAAUGACAGCUUGAUCUGCAGUGGUAUCGGUCAUACUUUAAGCAUUGCAACUUGGAUGUAAACGCAACUCUUGAAACGGAACUGGUCACGCUGUCCCGAGAGCUUUGACAAUCAGAAAUUUUCUUUUCUGUGAGAAAAAAGAGCCGUACUCAGACACAACAAACACAACGUACAUGGAGAAAUUCUACCAACCAUAUUCUACACAGUCACCCCGGCGAUGGUCAAGGAACACAAUGAGUGAUGAAGAGGAGGUGAUUUUUAAAAUGAGCGACAAUGAAGCUUCCAAUUUUCGGUUACAUCGGAGAUCAUCCAGUAGCUCUUCAAGCUCACAGAAGAUGUGUAUAGACUCUGACGACAAAGGACGAGCAAAUAAUCUCAGGUGGAGACAAGCUCCUCCAUCCCCUUUGGCUGAUUAUAUAGAUAAAAGUGCUCAAAUUCGGAGGCCAUCGAUGAUACGAUGUCAUUCAGACACACAAAUCUCAUUCAGCUCCGUACCAACUACAAGUUCCACAAACAAUAGCAGCGAAGAUGCAAUGUCUGAAAUCGGUAGCAUAGACGGAUCUUCUACAGUAGGGCCAACAUCACGAAGGAAAUCAUAUUCAGCGGGUUCUCAUUCUCCAAUACCGAAUACAUUUGGUACAGAUAGGGAGAGAAGUACGGGAGGCGGACCUGAGCGAAGAAGCGUUACACGAAGAGGAUCAUUGCUGCCAAAAGGCCGGCAACUUGCGAGGAUCAUGAACCAGUUAGAGGAAGAAACUCGAUCUGCUGAUUUCGACAUACAACACGAGAAAGAAAUAACGCAGAAUCUACGAAAAUCAUCGAUUGUAGAAAUGGAUAACAACAAAAACGAGUUUACGGUACCAGCAGCCGCGUGGGCAAGAGCAAAGGAAAUUGAAGGUUCCCCCACGAUGUCACCAUACCAAUGUUCGAAGCUUAACCCAGAAAUAGAGAUGACGUUAUUACAAUAUGACGCGCUCCCCUCUCCGACCAACCAAAGUCUUCGUCAUAUCAAGCGUAAAGCGUCGGAGGACAGAUUUGAACAAUAUCAAGUCAGUGGCAGUAAUUUCAAACGACGAGCAGUAUCCCCGUCCGUAUCACUAACGGGAUCACCUGUGCUGUCGGGAAUCUCCAGUCCCCCGGCCACAUUUAUGAUGUAUGGUACCAGCCCCACAAAUACAAGUGCCAAUGCCGCUGCUCGAGUACAACAACGAACCAACCAACUUCCCAGUCAUCAUUUCAAUCUGCAUGAUGCUAGUGGUGGCCUUAGCAAAAUGUCGCUUGGUGAAGAGUAAAAAAAACCUGUAAAUAAAGUCCUCGAUGAAGAGAAAAAAUUGUGAGGUGUAACCUGUGGGGGUCCUGCUGGAAAUGGUUGGGAAUCGCGGGUGAUAUUUUGAAAGGCCGCCCC